CCCGCCCCCUCCGCGACCAGCUGCUGCAGGGGCUCCCGGGCUCCCCCCCCCCACGCGCCUCCACUUGGCCGGCAGCCGCGGGGCGAGCGGAGCUGUCCACCUGCUGGAAGGCGCGGGCGGCGGACGAAGAGCGGCGCAUCUCAAGCUUGGGGCAUCCCGCGGGGGAGGGUGCUGCGAUCCCGGGGGAGACCCGGCUCCCCUUCUUUUCCCUCCGGAGACUCCCCGGGGUGUCCUCUGGCUCGCGAAGGCAGCCUUAGACCGGCUUGGCCCGCCCUUCCCCUCCCGCAGGCCGGGCUCUUGCAAGCGGCCAGGUGACACGUAGCACUGCGGGCGGCCUGGAUUUCGGCGGAAGGCAAUUGCCCCCCUCCUCCCCCGACCGGCUCCACUCCGCCCUCCAGCGUCGGGAAAUGGGUGGCUGAGUGAACGUGACCACCGGCUACUUCCGUCCCUGGCCCUGAAGCUCUUGAUGGCGGGUGCAAGACCCAAAUUCUCCUGAGGAUGUUUGGGGAAACUGGAGGAUCCAAUGGAGGCUGCCGAACACGCCAGGAUCUGGCCAGGUAAUAGCAGCCUGUCCGGAGAGCAGCAGCUGAAUUACCAUUCUCUGGAGCAGAGCCCCUGCAAAUCCUCUACGGAAGUGAAGGGUUACCAGAGGAAAACAUGGAAGACACUGGUCUGCCACUCAGUCUCCGUGCUCACUCUGGGGCUCCCCUUGGCCAUCUUCCACUGGAAGCCGCACCUGGAGAUCUACGCCAAAUGCACGCCCUGCCCCUUGCGCCAGGCGGACUGGGUGCUCAUCCACGAUCAGCCGGGACGGUGUUUCGCAUCCAGGGUCCAAACACAGCAGAUAGAGGAUGGCAGCCCGGAGUCCGGAACCGACGAGGGGGGAAGCGCUAUUGCCGUGGGCGUUUCAGAUGACCGGACAGGAAGCCAGGACACAAUAUGGCUGCACCAGAAAGAAGAGAAAAACGUUCUGCGCUACUACUCCUUCGAAGGUGUGCGCUACCUCUGGGUGGAAAGGCGAAAGGCCUACUGCAGGGCCAGCACGUUGAAUGAAGACUGGACGUGCUCCGAUCUCCACCUCUCCUGCCGUGGUCUGAGCGUCCAGGAGCAGUCUGCCAGAAAGAUGAUUUACGGCCCAAACCUCAUUGACGUGCCAGUGAAGUCCUAUUUCCGGCUACUGAUGGAUGAGAUCUUGAAUUUGUUCUACUUUUUCCAAGUGUUCAGCAUCACUUUAUGGAUCUGCGAAGAAUAUUACUCUUACGCCGUCUGCAUCUUCAUCAUUUCCACCAUCUCGAUCGGACUCUCUCUCUACGUCACCAAAAAGCAAAACAGGACUCUCCGGGACAUGGCCAAGGUGGUGACCAGCGUGCAGAUUUGCCGACCUUCUGGAGAGAGAGUGGUGGUGAGUUCUGUGGAGCUCGUGCCAGGAGACGUCCUGGUGGUCUCUCCAGAGGGGAUGCUGGUUCCCUGCGAUGCCGCGCUGCUCAACGGCGAGUGUGUGGUCAACGAAAGCCUUCUGACUGGGGAGAGCACACCAGUCCUGAAGACCCCUUUGCCUAAAGGCCCGGAAGAAGCCAGUGCCAUCUAUUCCCCCGAAGAUCACAAACGACACACCCUGUUCUGUGGGACACAAGUCAUCCAGGCGCGAUCCUGCGGAGGCGCUGACAUCCUGGCAGUUGUGACCCACAUUGGCUUCUACACAGCCAAAGGGGAUCUCAUCAGCUCCAUCCUUCACUCCAAGCCAUUGAAGCUCCGAUUCCAUAACGAUGCUUGGAAGUUUGUCACCUUCCUUGCGAUCUUGGCCGUUGUUGGAACUGUCUAUAGCAUCAUCAUCUUAAGGAGGAACCAGGUUUCCCAGUGGCUGCUCGCCAUCCGUGCUCUGGACAUCGUGACGGUGGUUGUUCCCCCAGCCUUGCCAGCUGCAAUGACCAUGGGCACCAUGUAUGCUCAAAACCGGCUGAAAUGCCAGGGCAUUUUCUGCGUCAGUCCGCAACGCAUUGACCUCUGUGGGAAGGUGCACUUGGUUUGCUUCGACAAGACAGGGACCCUGACGGCUGAUGGCAUGGACAUCUGGGGCGUCGUCCCCCAGGCCAGCAGCUCUUUUCUCCCCGUCGUUCAUGACCUCCGCCAUCUGGCUGAUGGGCCGCUGCUUCGCUGCCUGGCCACCUGCCACACCCUCUCUCUGCUUGGAGAUCUGCCUAUAGGUGACCCGGUGGAUCUCCGGAUGUUGGAGUCUACUGGAUGGUCUCUGGUGGAAACCAAAGGGCCAGAGGUGGAGGCCUGCCUAGACCAGGACUUUGGGACCCAAGCUCUGCUCGUCAUGACUCCCCCGCAGCGGACAGAGCAGCUCCCCAGCACAAAGCCCCCCGUCCCCAUGGCUAUCCUCCGUCGUUUCCCGUUUUCGUCUGCUCUGCGAAGGAUGUGCGUUCUGGGGAAGGCUCCCGGCAACAGCCCCGUGGAGGCUUUCAUGAAGGGAGCGCCGGAGACGGUGGCCAGUUUCUGCAAGAGAGAAUCAGUCCCGCAGGAUUUUUCCCAGCAGCUGCACCAGUUCACAAGCAGUGGGUUCCGUGUUCUGGGGCUGGCUUAUAAGCCCUCGGUGGCCGUGGGGACCUUUGAAGAAGCCCAGGAAGUGACCAGAGACUGGGUGGAGGCGGACAUGAUCUUCCUUGGACUCCUGGUCCUCAAGAACGUCCUCAAGCCUGAGACGGCACCCGUCAUCCAUGUGCUGCGCAGUGCAGGGAUCCAAACUGUCAUGGUCACAGGGGACAACAUGCUCACUGCAGUGAACGUGGCGAGGAGCUGCCAAAUGUUGGAGGCGCAGGAGCGGGUGGUGUUUGUGAACGCUGUGCCGCCCAGCCACGGCAAGCCAGCUGCCCUCACCUUCACUCCUUCCAAUGUCUCUUCGGAGCAGGUCAAGGGUGCCCACCAACAAGACGACGACUUCCAGGAACAGCAGCCAUCCUCCUUCGCCUUGAACGGGAAAUCCUUUGCGGUUCUCUGCGAGUGCUUCCCAGCCCUCCUGCCCAAGAUAUUAGUCCAAACGACUAUCUUCGCACAGAUGUUACCUGAUCAGAAAACUCGCUUGGUUGAGCAUUUGCAACAGCUGAACUACUGCGUGGCGAUGUGUGGAGACGGGGCCAACGACUGUGGGGCUCUGAAGGCAGCCGAUGUGGGCAUCUCGCUUUCCGAAGCGGAGGCCUCGGCGGCAGCACCAUUCACUUCCCAGAUGGACAAUAUCAAGUGCGUCCCCAUCACCAUUAGGGAAGGAAGAUGCUCUUUGGUCACCUCCUUCGGCCUCUUCAAAUACAUGGCCUUCUACAGCCUCACGCAAUUUGUUUCCGUGCUCCUGCUGUACACGAUCAACACCAACUUGAGCGAUGGGCAGUUCCUGUUCACCGAUCUCAUCAUCACCACCACGAUAGUCGCUCUCAUGGGCAAGACGGAGCCUGCCGAGGACUUGGGUCUCCGGCGCCCACAGGGAGCUCUGAUCAGCCUCGCCGUCCUGGGCAGCCUUUGCCUCCAAACGGCUCUCAUCGUGGCCGUUCUGGUGAUCGUCUACUUCAUCACCAUCUCCCAGCAGUGGUUCACCCCUCUGAACAGCACUCUGUCGGCCCCUGCAAACCUCCCAAAUUACGAGAACACGGUUAUCUUCUGCACCUCGGGGUUCCAGUAUCUCAUUUUGGCGGUGGUCGUGUCCAAAGGCCGGCCUUUCCGCAAGCCGCUUUAUACCAACGUGCCCUUUUUGAUUGCCUUACUCUUGCUCACCGGCUUCAUGAUCUGGCUGACCGUCUUUCCGCUGGCCUUCAUGCAAAAGCUCCUGCGUUUGAAGAGCCCCGGUGACCUGAGCUUCAAAGUGAUCUUGCUGGGAAUGGCUGCUCUCCACUUCUUCGUGGCUUUCAUGCUGGAGGUGGGCCUGGACCAUGGCCUGCUGAAUGGCUUCCGGAAGCUGCGACGCAAGAAGGCAUCCAAAAAGCUUUACAAGCAGCUGCAGUGGGAGCUUAGCCAGGAGAAGAGCUCGUGGCCGCCUCUCCACGCACCUCUCUUUGCUCCCACCGCAACCUCCCCAGCCACAAGAUGACACCAGUCGGUGACUGUCUCUGUGUCGGGUCUCUGCUGCGGUUCCUUUUUGGAUCUAGUCCUUUCCUCCCAGCAGCUCUCCCGGUCCAUCGGGGUCCUCCAUUGACUGACAAAGGCAACUCUGAGACUCCUCUCCCCCUGUGGUGUUUCUCAGCCUCUAAGCACAUCGGAGAAAGAAACCUCUUGAACUCGCAUUUCUCUCUAAGCCAGACAACCAACAGUGGAAUUGCUGUGCUGCAGAGGAGCCAUUUCCGUCAGCCUCUCGGUCGAAGCCAUCAGCGGUCCCAAGAUUUUGGGCCUCUCUGGGGGGUUGUGUCUUCCUUGAGUUCCCUCCUCCUCAAAGGAUAAGCCUGUAGCAGCCGUUGUUUGCCACAUGCUGGCUAAAAAAAAGCUGGCUGAGAGAUCCCUUUGUCAAAGGCGAGAGCCCAAUGACCUUCAGACCUUCGGGGAAUUUCAGCACGUGCAGCACUCGUCCCCCAUCAGAACUUCAGGUCAGAGAAAGAUGCUGUCUCCAAGGGCUGGCCCCUGGCCAGUCUUGAGAAUCAGCUCCAUUUCAUGAACUGAGUGGAGGUCUUCUUUCCACUGCAAAGAGACCGGCUCUUCUUUGCCUGGGUUCCUCUGGCUACCAUUUCUAGUUGAUAAGGAUUCUUCACCAGCUUCCCACGGACGGGCACCCGUUGUGGAUGGCCACUUUUGCACCUGCACCACGGCCUCCCCAAUUGAAAAAAAGGGAGCCUGCGCAAGAGAGGACCAGAAAGAGCUGGGCCAUUCAGUCUGUUUUGCUUUGGUUAAGAUUUUCGUGUGUGUGCGCGCGCGUCUGUAUACAUAUACAUGCAUACAUAUAUAUACAUACACAUAAAUGUAUAUGUAUAUGUGUGUGUGUGUGUGUUAAAUUUGGAUUGCUGACAAAGAGUGAAAGGGAAGCUGGUAUAGCUAUUUCGAGCUGCUUAGCUCUCAUCAGCCAGUUACACCCUUCUGAGAUUCGAAGAUUUCUUCUUCCCAUAUUUGGACCGACCGGGUGCAUCAUAAAAAAAAACACUUACAUAUAUAC